GCGGACUGUACAGAACAGGGUGUCUCCUAUGUGUUCUUUUGUUCAUGCGUUGGAGCCCAGCCCACUCUGCCUAGAUCUCUUCUUCCAGCAGCCAAAGGGGGAGUGGCAGAGCUCUGGUGGGGGUGUUCCCUUUAGGCACACAGUGUACAAACACAUGUGCUAUGGUGCGGCAGAGGUGUGUCACUCCUGGCUCUCUUGCUAGCUUGCCUACUUAGCUUCCUUCCUUUUUUCUCUGCAUCCCGCGUGUGCACACACCCCCUUCGCUUUUCCCCUUUUCUUCCCUACUCGCCUCGGCCAGGCUGUUUCUCCACCGACCAGAGAGAAGGUAGGAGGGGUUGUGGGCUUGCUUUUUGUGCCACACUGACUCAGGCACUUCGGUAGAUCAGUGCCUUUUUACUUCCAAGGGAAACUGAUUCAUAGGGAACAUUUCCUGUGUUCUGUGGGACUGAAAUAUAUAUAUUUUUUCCCCCAACACAUUAGAAGAAAUAAGGAAAUACACAAGACUGUAGGACUUUGUUAAAACAUUUUAAGUCUUAAUACUUGGCAGCCGGUCCUGCUAUUGUAUAACCAGAAGUGACUGCAUUCAGUUUCCUCUGCAUUAAACAAAAUAAGUUAAUUAGGCUUUAAAAGAAAACCCAAGAAGUCAAAAUGGUUGCUGGCAUGGUAAUGCCCCUGGCAGAUCUGAGGGCCAUUUAUGAGCUCCUCUUUCUGGAUGGCGUCAUGGUGGCCAAGAAGGACAGGCGUCCCCAGUGCAUGCACCCUGAGAUCCAGGGGGUUGCUAACCUGAAGGUGAUAAGGGCCAUGGGCUCCCUCAAAUCCAAAGGCUUUGUGCGGGAGACCUUUGCAUGGAAGCAUUCCUACUGGUACCUCACCAACGAGGGUAUCGUGUACCUGCGGGACUACUUGCGUCUGCCACCUGAGAUCGUGCCCUCCUCCCUGCAGCGCGUGCGUCGCCCCGCGUCCACCCUGAACAUGAUGCGUCGGGCCAGCCGUGGAGUGGUCCAGACCGUGGAGGGCCCCCCCUUCUACGCCCCCAAACCCAGGGUCGGACAGGAGAGCCAGCAGGGCAUGAUAGACCGCCAGGGCUACCGCCACAAGAGGGGACUCCCCGGCGAGGAGGAGGCCUCGGGUGUGAGGCUCGCAAUGAGGUUUAGGGGCUCCUACCAGGGCCACGGACGCGGAGCUGUAGGGGAGCCUGGAGCUGAGACCCAGACUUUCUUCAGAAGAGGCCAAGGUUUCCACAGAGAGCAACAGCAUGUGCCAGAAGAGGGCCAGAGGAGAGGCUUUGCUCCACGUGGCCCUGCUUAUCCUCCUCCUUUGGAGGCUAGGCCUGUCAGAUCCCCUGCCCCAGCUGGAGAUGUCAAACCAUUUGUGCCUGAAGUUCCUGCCCCUGCUCCUAUUAAGCAAGAGAAGACCAAGGAAGUUGCUGUGCUCGUGCCUUUUGCAGAGAUCAUUGAACCAGCAUUCAUCCCUGCAGUGGAACCAGAGGCCCCAGCCCUAGAAUUGGAGAAAGUGAUGGAGGAGGUGACAGUUGAGGAAGUGUCAUUUGAGGCCCCCAUGCCUGUUGAAGAGGCUGAGCCACAAAAGGAAGAGAUCACCGCUGUGGAAGCGGCAGAGGUGCUCUCAGAUGUGUGGGAACAGGAGGAGCCAAAGCCAGUUGUGGAGAAGAUAGAAGAAGCAGCUGAAAAGGCCCCAGAGCCUGAGGUGGGUGAGGCCAUUAAGGAGGAUGUCCUUGAGGCCACCGCACCUGUUGAAGAGUUUGAAGAAGAGCCCAAACAAUCCACUGAAGGGUCUGCUGAAGAGUCCAUCCAAGAGUCCACUGAAGAGGUGGAAGAUGUUGUUGAGAACGUGACUGCCACAGAGAUGGUGGUUGUUGAAGAAGCCGCUGCCAUUCAGGCGGUGGUUGUCAGGGAUGCCCCUGAAGUUCCUCCCGAAGACCACCCACAUGAUACUGAUAUUGAGAUAUUCGAAGAGCCCAAAGAAGUUGAGGAGGAACCAUCCACUCAUGAGGAGCCUGAGGCCUCUUUGUCUGAGGCUUCUUCUGAUUCUGAGGCCUCUGAGCCUGAACCAAUCACAGCUGCAGUUGCUACUGAAGCCGAGAGUGAACCAGUUACAAUCACAGAAAUCAUUGAAGCUGAGAGUGAGCCAGCUACAACCACAGAAAACAUUGAAGCUGAGAGUGAGCCAGCUACAACCACAGAAAACAUUGAAGCUGAGAGUGAGCCAGCUACAACCACAGAAAACAUUGAAGCUGAGAGUGAGCCAUCUACAACAACAGAAGGCGCCGUAGAGGCCAAAAGUAAACCAGUUACAAUUACAGAAGCCAUACCGGAGGUUAAGGCCUCCGUCCCAUUGACCAAAUCUGAUUCCACUGAGCCAGACUCUGACACUGACCUUCCCACCCCUCUACGCCCAGUCACAGAGGACUUCACAGACCUCACAGAGUACCAUCAGCAGACAGUGCUAGAGCACAUCACUCAAGAAAUACCAGCUGGUAUGGCAGCCUUCAGAUCUGAGAUGCCACUUGAGGUAACCUCCCAGGUAGUAAGCUCCACAGUGUAUUCCACAGUGUUUGAGAACCAAAUCUCCCAGUCUGAGGCCUUCAUGGAACCUCCCUCCAUUGGAAUGGCAGGCACUGUCUCACAGCUUGGACUUGAGCAAGAGGCUAGUCCUCUCUUUGGGGCUGAGUGUACUGCCCCUGUCAUCCCCUCUGAGUGUCCCAUCGCCCCCUCUGAGUGCCCCGUUGUCGCUCUGAAAAGUUCCCUUCCCCAGGAUGACUGGGCCUUUCUCACAGAGGAACCUGAUGAGGAGGUGAAGAAGAUCUGGCCUGAUGCUCUACAAGGAUGAAGAUCCGGCCUGCCACAACCCUCAUAGAGCAAAACUGUCUCACUCUUUUCAGCGAAAUGCCAUCAACUACCUCUGCGAAACGCUUGACUCACAGCUUCCAACAAAACGGCCCUUAAAGUUUAUAAAGAUGAAAAAGGAGUAUGCCAAAUACAUGGAUUAAUAGAUUUAUAGUCCGCAUUGACAAUAAGUGCCUACAUUAUAUGACUAGUCAUUAGGAAUGUUUUGAAAUGUGAAACGUAUAAUCUUAUCGCCUUAAACAUAGUUUGUAGUUUUCUAUUAAAGUUUGAAUUCUAUUUUAUAGCACACGAUAUCUUGAUCCUAUCAGAUUGUCCAUACGUACAUUAGGGCAUUAGGUGACCUGAAAGGGGCGGGUUCUAAUACAUUCUUUACAUCCUUCUCUCUCUAUGUGUAAGCGGUUCAGUCAGAUAUUUUCAUAAUUGAAUGCAGCCAAACAUUCUUUAUGGCUCAAAAAGUACAUGAACCCUAAAUAUGCAUUUUGUUAUCAUCUUUUUCUUUCUUUUUCAUAUUCUCUGUUAGUUCAUUUAUUAGUUAAAAAUGUUAUAAAAUAGUUGAAUGACAUGGAUGAUGACAAAUCUAAAAAGGAAAAAGAGCCAAUUUAUUCAACAUUUUGUGCAAUGCUCAGUCUAGCAACCAUGAUCUAAUCCUGGCUGAUUUAGAUGCUGAGUCUAAAACCAACCAACAACUCACAAUGCGUGUACACCCAAUGUUUCAGUCGGUUAUGGCAAUAUUACACUGAAUGCAUUGAGUAAGCAUAAUAAGGUUUGGAAAAUGAACGGACUCCUAGUGGGUUUUAUCCAUUUAAAAUGGUUUUGAAUUAAUGUGUUUGGGAAUGGCUUAUUCUCACAGGAAAUGUACCCCUUAUUGUUUGUCUUAUUUUUAACAUCAUUAAAAGACACUGGAAAAUAAA